AUGUUCCGCAACGCCCUCCGACAGUCGACGCGCGCCGUCGGCGCCGUCUCUGCUGCCGGCAGAGUCGCUGCCGUCCGAAAUGCCGCACCUGCCGUCUACAGCGCCACGUCGAUGCAGACUCGCACAUACGCCGACGCCAAGGCAUCCCCGACCGAGGUUUCUUCCAUCCUCGAGCAGAGAAUUCGUGGUGUCCAGGAGGAGGCUGGUCUCGCCGAGACCGGCCGCGUCCUUUCCGUCGGGCGGCACAUCUCGGCAUCGCGAGCGCCCAUCGGAAAAGCUUCAAUGCAUCAUCAGCUUGCACGAGGGUCUCGCAUGUCGUCUCUUCGACCAUGGAAAAAAGUUUUGCUGACGACGGUUGGACAACAGUGA